CCACGGCCUUCAAGAUGGGCUGCGGUCCAGCUCCAACAGCCGCAGCGGCAGCCGGGAGCGGCGCGAGGAGCAGACCGACACUUCGGACGGCGAGUCCGUGACCCAGCAGAUCCGUAGGCUCAACCAGCAGCCUCCCCAGGGGCUGGGCCCGCGAGGCUUUGACCCAAAUCGAUACCGACUGCAUUUUGAACGAGACAGCCGGGAGGAGGUGGAGAAGAGAAAGAGAGCGGCCCGGGAGCAAGUGCUACAGCCCGUCAGCGCCGAGAUGCUGGAGCUGGACAUCCAGGAGGUCUACCAGCCCGGUUCCGUGCUGGACUUCCCCCGGCGCCCCCCUUGGCGCUAUGAGAUGUCCAAGGAGCAGCUAAUGAGCCAGGAGGAACGGAGCUUCCAGGAGUAUCUUGGGAAGAUUCAUGGGGCUUACACCUCAGAGAAGCUCAGCUACUUUGAGCACAAUCUGGAGACGUGGAGGCAGCUGUGGCGAGUGUUGGAGAUGUCUGACAUCGUCCUGCUCAUCACCGAUGUCCGGCAUCCAGUUGUGAAUUUCCCGCCAGCACUGUACGAGUAUGUGACUGGAGAGCUUGGGCUGGCCCUGGUGCUGGUGCUGAACAAGGUGGAUCUGGCCCCGCCGGCUCUCGUGGUUGCCUGGAAGCAUUAUUUCCACCAACACUUUCCCCAGCUCCACAUCGUCCUUUUCACCUCUUUCCCUCGGGACCCUCGCAUCCCACAGGACCAUAGUGGCGUGUUGAAGAAGAGUCGGAGGCGGGGGAGAGGAUGGGCUCGGGCCCUGGGGCCGGAGCAGCUGCUGAGAGCCUGUGAAGCCAUCACUGCGGGGAAAGUGGACUUGAGCAGCUGGCGGGAAAAGAUUGCCCGCGAUGUGGCUGGGGCCGCCUGGGGCAGUGCCUCGGGGGAAGAUGAGGAAGAGGAUGACGGGCCCGCGGUCCUGGUGGAGCAGCAGACUGACUCGGCAAUGGAGCCAGCCGGCCCCACCCAAGAGCGCUACAAGGACGGGGUGGUGACCAUCGGCUGUGUGGGGUUCCCCAACGUGGGAAAGUCCUCACUGAUCAACGGGCUGGUAGGGCGGAAGGUCGUGAGCGUCUCCAGAACCCCGGGCCACACGCGGUACUUUCAGACCUACUUUCUGACCCCCUCCGUGAAGCUCUGUGACUGCCCGGGCCUCAUCUUCCCCUCCCUUCUGCCCAGGCAGCUGCAGGUUCUGGCAGGGAUCUACCCCAUCGCCCAGAUCCAGGAGCCCUACACUGCUGUGGGCUACCUGGCCGCCCGGGUCCCCGUGCAGGCCCUGCUCCACCUGCGCCACCCGGAGGCUGAGGACCCCGUGGCCGAGCACCCCUGGUGUGCCUGGGACAUCUGUGAAGCCUGGGCAGAGAAACGUGGCUACAAGACAGCUAAGGCGGCGCGGAACGAUGUGUACAGAGCGGCCAACAGUCUCCUGAGGCUGGCGCUGGACGGCCGCCUCAGCCUGUGCUUCCACCCGCCGGGCUACCUGGAGCAGAAAGGCACCUGGGAGUCCCAUCCAGAGACCACGGAGCUGGUGGUUUUGCAGGGUAGGGUGGGGCCAGCAGGUGAUGAGGAGGAAGAGGAGGAGGAGGAAGAAGAGCUGAGCAGCUCCUGUGAGGAGGAGGGAGAGGAGGACCGAGAUGCGGAUGAGGAGGGGGAAGGGGAUGAGGACACCCCAACCUCAGUUCCAGGGUCCAGUCUGGCCUCUCGAAACCCUUACACCAUGCUGGGUGAGGACGAGUGCUGAGCCAGGCGCUCUCCCUCCCAGUGUCUGCUUUUGGACUGACCCGGGGUGUCCCCUCUGCCACCCCAGCUGUGAAUAAAGAUUGUCUGCUUUGUAGCCCUUUCCCCAGAUGGCCUCAGGUGGGCGCACUGCCCGAGACGGACGGACAGCGGUGGGAGGCUUCUCUCCGCGAAGGAAAAGUUCUCUUAGGAGUCAAGUCAGUAGGUGUGAGGCCACUGCCACGCACCUCAGGAAUGCCAUGGUCCCCAUGGGGAGCGCAGGGCUCUUCAGCUUCUGAGGCCUGGUCUGAGUUCAACCCCUUUAGGAGAUUGUGUCAUCCCUCUCAGGUGUGAGCAGCAGCCUGCGUGCCCCCUGCUGCCAGACCUGGGUUCUACCAGGAGCUUCUGGGAGAGAAGCAGCAAGAAGUGUCACUACUGAUGUCUCCAAGUGAGAAUUUUACAGGCUUUAUUCAAAUUCCGCGAGUAUUUAUGGAGCGUGGACUGUGUCCGGCUGGGCUAAGCACCCAGUGUGUAACGAUGCACAGAUGGGCCUGCCUGGACUUGGCAGCCUGGCCGUGGCACACCGCGUUCUGGCAGCCACGUUCCUGGGUUAAGGGUGUGUAGUGUUCUCCAAAUUCUUGGGGCUCAUACAGUAUAAUUCUAGAAUUUCCUGUUGAAAAUAUUUAGUUAAGACUAAAUGCUUGUGAAAAUGCUGA